AUUGAUUGAAACCUAGAAAUCUCAGUUGGUGCGUGUGGAGAGGGAACUAUAAUUGUCUAUUUGUCUGGUGUUUACCGGGCGGGGGACUCAUAUAUUCGGGUUUUUACAAUGUAGUACGAGUUCAAGUACUGUUUAAAAAGAGAAAGAAACCCAGAAACCCCGCCAAACAUUUACAAAUCGAAAGUUAAGUCAAUUUCCAUGGCUUUCUCUAGGUUUUCUCUCUCUAGAAUUUCUUCACUUCUCUCUCCUUCCUUUGUCCCGUUACCGUCCAUCAGACGCUCAACACCUAUAGUCGUCCGUGGAUUCAGCCUCUCUGCUACCAUGGAAUCUUCCUCAGCCUCUCUGCCACCAAGCCAUGGCACUGCUCGCUGGAGGCCCGUGUGCUUGUACUACACACAAGGCAAAUGCACCAAGAUGGAUGAUCCUCUCCAUAUAGAGACGUUUAAUCACGAUUGCUGUAAGGAUCUUCAUGUGGAUGCUGCUUUCUUUGAACACAAGCAGUCUCAGAAAUUUGAAUUUUUCUUGGUGCUUGAUUUGGAAGGGAAAGUUGAGAUUCUUGAAUUUCCUGUGCUGAUUUUAGAUGCUAAAACCAUGGCUAUUGUCGAUUUCUUUCACAGGUUUGUAAGACCCUCAGCGAUGAGUGAGCAAAGAAUAAACGAAUACAUUGAAGGGAAAUAUGGCAAAUUUGGAGUUGAUCGGGUCUGGCAUGACACAGCUCUCCCAUUUAAGGAAGUUAUCCAACAAUUUGAAGCUUGGUUGGCUCAGCAUCACUUGUGGGGCAAUGAUCGGUCUGGGCUGCUUAAUCGAGCAGCAUUUGUAACUUGUGGGAAUUGGGAUUUGAAAACGAAGGUCCCUCAACAGUGUAAAGUGUCAAAGAUGAAGCUUCCCCCAUAUUUUAUGGAGUGGAUCAAUCUGAAAGAUGUCUACCUUAACUUUUACAAUCAAGAGGCUAGAGGGAUGAUGGCAAUGUUGAAGCAACGUCAAAUACGAGUGUUGGGAAGUCACCAUCUUGGAAUUGAUGACACCAAAAACAUAACAAGAGUAUUGCAACGCAUGCUCGCUGAUGGUGCAGUUAUGCAAAUUUCUGCAAGGAGGGAUCUGCAUUCUCCUGAAAAUGUCAGUUUCACUUUCAGGAAUCGCAUACGGUAGUACCUUAAGCUACAUCUCUCUCUGUUGAAUUUUAUGUAAAAGUGAAGACACAUUAAGAAAAGUUUACUCUGUUUAUUAGUAUUAAUGUUCCAUAAGAGUUGUCUGUUACCGAUACCGUAUGUGGUUUCUGGACUUUGUUUUUAGAAAGGCUUAGCGACCUUGAGAAGUGAUGAUACUGUGUGUUUUGUCAUGUGACUUUAUGAAGAGUAACAACCAGGUUAUGGUGACAGAUCAAUUGUCAUGUGAUAUUGUUUUA